CAAAACCUGCGUGACCGAAACUCCCAAACAUUUACACAAUUUUUAACUUAUUACUAACACACCCUCACAAAUCAUUUAAUUGCGUAAAGAGUCUAUCCGCUGUGCCUUUUGAUUGUUUUAUAUUACAAGCUCUUCACACAACAUCUUUUCUAUAAAAACAAAACAAAAGAAGACAAACUGAUUUCGGACUUGCCACUGUUUAUGGAAAACGAUGCAUGUAAAAGUAUACAACAUGAUAACAUGAUUGUUUACAUUCGUUUAUUCGUUGCGAAAAUUCGAAUUCAAAGAAAAAGAAAUUCGGCACGCGUGUUAAAUUGUGAAAAAUUUGUAUUCUAACUAAAUUUGGUUAUAUUUUAUGAAAAAAGUGAUUAAAAACGUGAUUAUAAAAGUGGUCCAUAUAUAAUUUGAAAAGAUUAUUCACAAAAGUGAUGAAAUGGCGCAGCAAAAAACGGUUCGUGAAUGCAAGGUCCUCAUCCGCAAAAUUCAUCAAUCGGUAUGCCGAAUGACUGGUGAAGAUGUCGACAACGUUCAAACCGAAAUUGCUUCCACCCUACCAUUAAAUACGCUUGCUGCAGCUUUGGGAAUGGACGAAAAAUUGAAAUGCGACGAAUUUGCUGCUACAACGAAACAAUUCGUUUUGAGGAUAAAAGGUACUUCAGAUAGUGUACAUGAUGUGUUGCGAAGUCUGUACACUGAUGAACUUCUUUAUUUAUGUAACUGGGACGGUAGGGGUGGGAAGCAACCUCUCUCCAAAUUCCUGCUGGUUUCCAACAUUUUAUACGAUCAUUCAUAACGUAUGGAUUGGCAAUGUUCGAAAAACAAGUUCAAAAAGCCAUUGAAAUGAGCCACCAUAGGCACAAACAAAGAAUUUAUAGGAAGAGGAAAACUGAGGAGUGAACCCUUUAAAUAUUUAAUAAAAAGUUAUAUGUAUUUCUGAUAUUAUUAAAAAAAAUUAUUUUAAUACAUACUAGAUUUUAAGAUAGCAUUGCAAAGCAGGAAUUGAAUUAAUAAUGAAAUAUUUAUUUUAAUUUAAACUUUAAUGUAAUUUUGGUUAAAAAUAAUUUGAAAAAAAAUUAAAAAUUAAAAAAAUAAAAAAUCUUUUAUUUUGAGAUUCGAACUCGAGUCUCACGGAAUACCAAGCCGUGCGUUUAACCACUAGGCUAGUAUAGCAUGCAGCGUCGCGCUUUCCUGGAACCAGUUUUCCCCGUUUGCCUUAAAUUUAACUAAAGUGUGAGUAGCGAGGAUAUA